AUGAGUGUUAAGUUGGAUUCCAGUGAUAAGAUCCAUCAAGUGUUGGAUGAUUAUGAUUACUUUUUAUUUGAUUGUGAUGGAGUUCUUUGGUUAGGAGAUCAUUUAUUACCUAGUGUAGUUGAAACCAUUCAAUUAUUAAAAUCAUUAAAUAAACAAUGUAUAUUCGUCACUAAUAAUUCCACUAAAUCUCGUCAAGAUUAUUUAAAGAAAUUUGCUAAAUUAGGUAUUGAUGGAAUUAGUAAAGAUGAAGUAUUUGGUUCAUCAUAUGCUUCAGCUAUUUAUAUUGAUAAAAUUUUAAAAUUAUCUAAAGAGAAAAAAAUUUGGAUUUUAGGUGAAGAAGGUAUUGAACAAGAAUUACAUGAAUUAGGAUAUAAAACGAUUGGUGGUACUGAUAAGAAAUUAAUUGAAGAUGGAGUUAAAUUUAGUCCUGAUCAUGAAUUAUUAUCCAAUUUAGAUGAAAAAGUUGGAUGUGUUAUAGUUGGGUUAACAUUUAAUUUAAAUUAUUUAAAAUUAUCUUUAACCAUGCAAUAUCUUUUAAAAGAUAAUAAAUCUUUACCAUUUAUUGCUACUAAUAUUGAUUCAACUUUCCCAUCCAAGGGGAAAUUAUUAAUUGGAGCAGGAUCAAUUAUUGAAACUGUAUCAUUUGCAUCCGGUCGUCAACCUGAUGCUGUAUGUGGUAAACCAAAUCAAUCAAUGAUGAAUUCCAUUAAAGCUGAUCAUGAAUCAUUACAAUUGAACCCCAAGAGAGGAUUAAUGAUUGGAGAUAGAUUAAAUACUGAUAUGAAGUUUGGUAGAGAUGGAGGAUUAGAUACUUUAUUAGUAUUAACUGGUAUUGAAACUGAAGAAAAUGUCUUGAAAUUGAAUGAUGGAAAUGCUCCAACUUAUUAUGCUAAUAAAAUUGGAGAUUUAUUUGAAUAUCAUAAUAAGUAA